AUGCUGAACCAUAGCAGCUCCAGUUUAAACUCCACCAGCUGGACUACAGCUAACCUGGUCAGCGGUGGUCUGAUGGGUCUCUGCUUCUUGGUUGGAGUCCCUGGUAAUAUUGCAGUAAUUGUUUUCAUAGUUUGCCAUUUCAAAAAGGACAAUUUCACCGUUCAUCUGAUGCUGAAUCUGGCAGCUGCGGACAUCUUGUGUUUGAUAACCCUGCCUGUGUGGAUCUACAACCAACUCUACAGCUGGAGUAUCGGUCAGUCGUCCUGCAAGUUUUUCACAGCACUCGUCUACUGCAGCGCAUACUCAAGUCUGAUAGCAGUAACUAUGCUGAGUGUGUAUCGUUGUUUACAAAUUCGGCACCCAACGUUGUGGACCAGGAUGAGCAAGAGAAGAGAGAGAGCACUGCUGAUCAGUGGCUGGGCUCUGGCGCUGCUUUUCUCUUGUCCUGGUGUACUUACACAAGAGAUUGUUCAAGGUGAAUCCAAGAAAUCAUGUGGCAGGAUCUUGUAUUCAGAGGAGUACAGGCUUACUGUUGCCAUACUGGAGAUGCUGCUGGCUUUUUUUCUUCCUUUCACAAUCAUAUUGACUUCAUAUUGUUGCCUACAUAAGAAGGUGACACAGGGAGCAUUCAGCCACAGGCAAAGAUUGACCAAACUGGUGACCCGGAUUGUGGUAACUUUCUUCAUUUUUUAUGCGCCACACCACAUUAUUAAUUUGUUUCAAAUUUUUGAAAUACUUCUCAAAUCAUCAUUACCAGUUUUUUCAGCUAAACUCCAUGAGAUUAGAAAUUCCACAGGUGACAUUGCGGGAAGUCUUACAUUCAUUAACAGCUGUGUGAACCCCUUCCUCUAUGCCAUGGCUUCAAAGACUUUACGUCAACAAACAUGA